UAUUUCACUUUCCAGCAUAACAGGACCUGUACCAUUAAAAAUACAUAAAGGCAUUUUCAUAUAAGGGUUGAUUCUUAUUUGUGUGCGUGCAUGCAGUAUGAACGCUCGGCCGCGAUUUUGCGAUUCCAUGAAUCGCACUAGCAAUUUUUGGUAAAGUUGCAUAAUCGCAGCCGAGCGUUCAAACUGCACGAACACACAAACAAUAAUAAUCAAUUCUUCUUUUUACAUUCUCCCUUUUUAUUUGUUAAUUUUUCAACCUUAAAAGUUCCGAUAACAAACUUUUAAUUACAAUAAAGCAAACAAAACGCAAGAGCAGAUGUAAAUGGUAAGAGAACUUGUCGCCAUUGGUGUUAAAUCUUGGCGUUCUUUUUAUUUUCGGCAUAAUAAAAAGUAGAAAUAAUUUGCAGAAGAACAUAAAUAAUUUAAGAUUAUUUUUAAUAAUUUGGUAUUUACUGUAAUACAUAUGGUGGUAAUUCUGAUCUCCUUUGUAAUAUUCUUGUUUCUAUCACGAAAAAAUAUCGAUAUAUUUGUACUCCUGUUUUACAUAUGAAUGCCCAAUGUGAGUGGGCAUAAUAAAUGCUGUCACAAUGAUUUUAUGGAUUACGUUCAGUUUAACUGGUAAAAAAGUGUCAAAAUACUAUUCUUGAGCUGUCUUUUAAUGUUUUCGAUCAAAUUGUAGUUUAAUAAUGUGCAAGUCAUCUCAAAUUGACACUUGUAGACGAUUGUUCCAGUUAUUUCAUGUGAUUAUGUUAUUUUUUAUCGUCCUAAUAGCGAUUGAGAAUAAGCCUUUAAUUACAACAAAGGGGAACAAAACGUGACGAACGAGUGUAAAUGGUAAGAGCACUUGUCACCCUUGGUGUUUUAGCUGGGCGUUCUUUUUAUCCUCCGCAUAAUAAAUAGUCCAUAAUUAAUCGGCAGAAAGAAAUAAAUAAUCAAAGAUUCAUCUUUAUCAUUUGGUAGUUUCUGUAAAAUAUGUGGGAUAAUAAUGAUGUUUGUUGUAAUAUGUUCAUUUUAAUCAAGAGAACUUUCGAUAUAUUUUAACUCAUGUUUUACACAUGCAUGACCCAUGUGAGUGGGCAUAAGAAAUGUGGUCAUGGUGCUUUCAUGGAUUACCUCCAGUUCAAGAUUAAAAGAUGAAUGCUUGAGAAAGUAUUAUGACACACUGAGCAAAAACAAGAGACUGGUGUCGGACAUGGAACAAGAAAAGUCGCAUUUGUAUAAAGAACUGGAGCUGCAAUUAAAAAGACAUAACGAAGAAAAGUACAAGAUUGCAACUUUGGAGAUAGGGACUGAAAAGCUUGAAAAUUUGGUUAGACAGCUUAAAGAGGAGAAAAAAUCAUGGUGGAGAAAGCUCACUGGAAAACAACGCAGAACGGACGUUUCUACUACAAGUGACACAUCAUCAGUGACAGACCAUGGCUUAUCAACAAGCCAACAAGGACUACCAACUAGCCAACAAAGGUUAUCAAAUAGCCGAGAAGGGUUAUCAACCAGCCGACAAAAGUUUUCCACCAGCCAACAAGAGUUAUCAAUCAACCAACAAGGGUUAUCACCUAGCCAACAAAGGUUAUCAACCAGCCAACAAGGGUUAUCAAUCAGCCAACAAGGGUUUUCACCAAGCCUACACGGGUUAUCAUCCAGCCAACAAUCAUUAACAACCAGGUUACACGGGUUGUCAACCAGCCAACAAGAGUUAUCAUCCAGCCAACAAUCAUUAUCAACUAGCCUACAAGGGUUAUCAACCAGCCUACAAGGGUUAUCACCUAGCAAACAAUCAUUAUCAACCAGCCUACAGGGGUUAUCAAGCAGACAACAAGGGUUAUUAACCAGCCAACAAGUGUUUUCAACCAGCCAAAAAGGGUUAUCGACUAGCCUACAAGGGUUAUCAACCAGCCUUCAAGGGUUAUCAACAAGCCAACAUGAGUUAUUAACAAGCAAACAGGGGAUAUCAACUUGCCAAGAAGGGUUAUCAACAAUCCAACAAGGGUUAUCAACAAGCCAACAAGGGUUAUCAAUAAGCCUACAGGGAUUAUCAACCAGCAGGCAAGGAUUAUCAACUAGACAACAAGGUUUAUCAACUAGCCAAUUAGGGUUAUCAACUAGCCAACAAGGGUUAUUAACAAGCAAACAGGGGAUAUCAAACAGCCAACAAAGGUUAUCAACUAGUGAACAAGAGUUAUCAACCAGCCAACAAGGGUUAUCAACCAGUCAACAGGGGUUAUUAACCAGUCAACAGGGGUUAUCGACUAGACAACAAGGGCUAUCAACAAGCCAACAAGGGUUAUCAAUAAGCCAAAAGGGAUUAUCAACCAGCCUGCAAGGAUUAUCAACUAGACAGCAAGGUUUAUCAACUGGCCAACCUGGGUUAUCAACCAGUCAAAACCGAUUAUCAAUCAGCCAACAAGGGUUAUCAACAAGCCAACAAGGUUUAUCGACCUGGCAAGAAGGGUUAUCAUCUAGCCAACAAGGGUUAUCGACCAGCCAACAAGGACUAAAAACUAGUCUACAAGGGUUAUCAACUAGCCAACAAGGGUUAUCAACCAGUCAACAAGGGUUAUCAACCAGCCGCCAAGGGUUAUCUGCCAGCCAAAAAGGAUUAUCAACCAUUCAGCAGGAGUUAGCAACUAGCCAACAAGGAUUAUCAGCAAGCCAUGUAGACUCAUCAGCCAGCCUACAAGGGUUAUCAACCAGCCGAGAAGGGUUAUCAACCAGCCAACAAGGGUUAUCAGCCAGCCGGGAAGGGUUAUCAGUCAGCCAACAAAAGUUACCAACAAGCCAACAAGGAUUAUUAACCAGCCAACAAGGGAUAUUAACCAGCCAACAAGGGUUAUUAACCAGCCUACAAGGGUUAUCAACAAGCCAAGACGGUUUAUCAACCAGCCAAGAAGGUUUAUCAACCAGCCAAGAAGGGUUAUCAACAUGCACACAUGGUUCAUCAACCAGCCAACAAGAGUUAUCAACAAGCCAACAAGGGAUAUCAACCAGCCAACAAGACUUUUCAAAAAACAAACAAGGGUUAUCAACUGGCCAACAUGAUUUAUCAUCUAGCCAACAAGAGUUAUCAACCAGCCAACAAGGGUUAUCAACCAGCCAACAAGGGUUAUCAACAAGCAAACAAGGGUUAUCAAAAUGCCAACGAGGUUUAUCAACCCGUCAACAAGGAUUAUUAACCAGCCAGCAGGGGUUAUCAACAAGCCAACAAGGGUUAUCAAAAAGCCAACGAGGGUUAUCAACCCGUCAACAAGGAUUAUUAACCAGCCUACAAGGGUUAUCAACUGGUCAACAGGGGUUAUCAAUAAACCCACAACUGUUAUCAACCAGACAACAAGGGAUAUCAACCAGCCAACACGGGAUAUUGACUAGCCAACAAUGGUUAUCCAUAAACCCACAAUUGUUAUCAUCAAGCCUACAAGGGUUUUCAACCAGUCAACAAUUUGUAUCAAUAAACCCACAAGGGUUAUCCGGUACACCUAGGUUCUCAACCAGCCGUCAAGGUUUCUCAACCAGCCAACACGAGUUCUUACCAACCCAGCAAGGAAUACCCUCCAUUAAAAUAAAUGAUCCACAGCGAAGACACACAGAAAAGGACAAGAGUGAAAGUGCAAUUGCAGCAACAUACUUUGAAACUGAUACAUAUAUGAAUCAUAUAUAGAACAUAGAAUAACUAGCCUGUCAGAAGUGUUGACUAAAUCAUUUUACAGACCUUUCAUAUUAAAGUGUUUGUUAGUUUAAGAACGUCAAGACAUAAUAAUCUUUAGAUGUAUGUUAUGUUAAUUAACCACAGCUUAUAACUUCUUUAUUGACAUGUGCUUCCUUUCUUAAUUGAUGACACUGUGCUAAUAUGCAAGCUUUCGGCAUUAGUGAUGGGCAAUCGGCGUGAAUUUUCAUAAUCGAUUAAUCGGAGACCCUGAUCGAUCGAUUAUCCAAUUAGUUGGCUGUAAUCGGACAGUAUCACAAAAGCAUCAUUUUCUGAUUCAUAUAUCAAUAAGGACCUUAGUUUGCGUGUGCAUUUCAUUUCUAAUGAUUCAGUCCGAAAACAGGUAGUAUUUCUGGCAUAUUGAAUAAUUCUAAAAAUUAUUUAAAAAAACAAUAUCCAAGGUUUAUGAAGUCAGGGAACAUUUCAUGGUGAGGUUUACUUAAGUUGACAAAUAAAUUAAUAUUAUUAAAAUAUUAUAUGUUAUAACAUUAUUAUGUACAUUAUAAAAAUAAUACAUGGUUGACCAUGGCUUUUGGUUGAUAAUUGCCACAGUGCAAAUAAUAAUUGGCAGAGGGUAAUUUAUUUUUACUUGGGCAAUUUUCAACCGUGUCUUAUCCUGUAUAAUACACAUGUUUUGUCAUUUGGACAAAAUUGUCAAUGACCUAUGCACCAGUCAAUUCUAACCACGGCCCCCAGGUCCGGGGAUAGGCAGGGAAAUGGGCCGUGUUUUACCUUCUAGGUGGCCUCGCAGUGCCGGGUGGAUGCGGUGGUUUUGUCUUCCCGCCAAAUAUAGCGGGGGAAUGGGCCUUACAUAGAUUCCCUUGGGUUCAGGGGCAUUUGGCGGGGGUUUUACGAGCAGUUCCUUCCCGCAAGAUGAGGACUUUGGCCGGGCUUGGCUGGACCGAAAUUCUAAGACCCAACUAUUACCCGGACCGGUUGGGGGGUGGAGCAUGGGGGUGGUUACAAAUAACUGGUGCAUUAAUUAAACCGGUUUUGAAAAUUAAAUUGAAAACAACGAGACAUAACACAUUGGUUUUGGAUGGCAUUAACUAUUAAAACUAACAGGUAAUUGGAAAUUAAAAUAGAAAAAACUUUUCUCACGUAUUUUCGGAGUUGGACUUCAAACAUUUCCAUUCUUCAAAUAUUUCCUGUUUUUAAAUCGACUGAUCUUGACGUUCAUUUCAAUAUGUGAGCACAGUUGGGGUCGAUCAAGCCUAGUUUCAUAAGAAUCUGGGCUUGAAUGCCCCAGUUUCAUAAGAAUCUGGGCUUGAAUGCCCCUUACAAUUUCGCUGGAAUAAUUCGCACUUUUCCAGCACGUGGACGACCGAUAUCCAGGGUAAUCAAAUAUUUUGAGAUUGAUGUCCCCCCUGGCCGUCCGCCAUCAUAAAGCGAUUUGAACUCAAAGAAAAACUAAAUGAAAGCACUGUUAAAACUCAAUGUAGCGGUUACUUUCCUUAGCCCUAAGUUACUGCGCUAAAUAAAGUUGGAAAUUUACUGGAUUCAAGCAAACUUUUUUUCUCGAUUAUUCGAUUAUGGAACGAUGAGGUCGCCGAUCCCCGAGUUACGAAUGUCUGCCGAUAAAAUUGAUUAUCGGCAAUCAUCGGCCCAUCACUAGUGGGCAUGUAUAUUUGUUAGAA